AUGGAAGACACAACAUCCACCACAAUCCGCCCCUCAGCGGCUACCACCAACCCUCCCAGCGUCGAGAACGCCUACAAGCGCAAAUGCCUUGCCCUGAAGAAGCGCCUCAACGAGAUCGAGGAAGAGAACGAACAGAUGCGCGUCCGCAACAGGCGCGGCUGGCAGUACAUCCAGAAGAUGCGCCUGGAGUCGUGCAUCUUGCUCGAGCGCCUGGCCAAGGUCACCGGCAUGACCGAGGAGGCGUCCUCGCAGGCAGGGGCCGCCGCCAACCCGGAACUCCGGGCCCGCGCCGUCGCGCUGAUGAGCAACGCCUCGGCGUUGAAUGGGCUGGGUGCAUCGUCGGAGGGCAAGAAUGGGGCCGCUGGCGGCGGCGGCGGCGCGUAUCUGGAUGAUGAGACAGAGGGGAGUUCAGAUGAGCAGCCUCCUACUCCCCAAGAACGACCUCUCCGCGUCAAACGAUCCCGAAAAUCCAACCUCCCCGACGGCGUCGGCGCCGACGAUGAAGGCAGCACCGCCGCCGCCGGAGCUGCCAGUAACAAUGCUGCCGACAACGGCGACAACAACACCGACAACAACGGCAACCUGCCCCGGCUGGCCCCCGCCCCGUCCCAGGACGAUCUGAGCUCCACAUUUCGGCUUGGGGCCGGUCAGCACACAGAAUCCGAUGAGCGCGGCACGAGUCAGAAUCCGGAAUCCGGCUCGAGAACCCGUCGAGCUUCUAAUGCUGCUGCUGCUGCUGCCGCGGCGGAUGAUGAUGAUGACGACGCCGCAGCCGAGGGAGAAGAGAACGAGAACGAGGCUGGUGACGCAUCAGUGGAACCCUCCUCAACGCCGAUGGAUUUGGAUGUCAAGGAACCGAAGGAGGAGAGCUAG